UAUUGUACACGGUAGGAAGUGUUUGGUGUUGCAUUUUUUUUUUAUUAUAACGUGUUAACAUGCUCAAUGAAUUUGCCAGUCGACGUUUCAUUAAUACAGAAAAUAUCAGCACUUUCGACACAAUCAAUGAAAGCUUAUGCGCAGAUUGGAAAAAAGUCAUCACUUUGGAAUGAUGACCGUUAAAUGGGAUGGUACAGGAAAUAUUGUGUCCACCGGGCUGUCACCGGUUGCCGUUGAAACUCGUCGACCAAGCCGGGAUCCAUUUUGUAAUUACGUAAGGAACUCUUCUCAGUGUUACUAUGAACAAAGUGAAUCUUCGUGGCGUGGGCAGUAUCGAGAACUAGAUGAUCACUGUAAUUUCGAUUCGGGUGCAGGUCACCAAACGUACUUCUCCAAUUAUUGUCAGAGGACUCAUACUUAUGGCGGGAAACUGACCACUAUGUAUAGAUCACCUUGAAGGGAGUGGCUAUCGUUCGAUUUCUUGUUCUUCUUCAGAGAUUUCUUCUCCUGCAGUUCAGGCCACCGUCUGGUGUAUUUUUGUAUUCCUAUACACUGUGCACAGUGUCUCGAUCUAGAAUACUAGAACUAUGUGCACCUACAAGUCAUCCGUGAAGAUUUAAAGGAGUUGGAGAUCGAGUACCUCUCUUAUGAAGCUUGGUAGAGGGGUGCAGAAAAUAGUGACAUGUGGUAGAGCAUCCCUGGACGAAUAGAAUAUCAUUGUGAUUUUGGAACAAUCAGGUCAUCCUAAGAAUCAGGAAUCACACGAUAAAGAUGCAAGAGGCCGAAUGAAGGAACUUCAUCAAAGUCAUAUCAUUAUUUCCUACCAUGUCUUGCGCUCUGGAGAUCUAAACAAACUUCUUUGUCAAAGUAACCAACACAACGGUUCAAACGAUUUUUCAGUGGUGAAUGUCAGUACUGAAACCAUGGAAAAGGACGCAAAAGUAAAUUUAUACGCUCGGUGAACUGAACUGAGCUCUAACCUCAACCUUGAUCAAGACACUGGAAAAGCAGCUCCAAUAAUGAUGAUUUUAUUUCAGUAUGAAUCAUCAAUGUGGAAUGCUACAGCUAUUAGCACAACGGGCUUGUAAAACAUCUCUUUAAGCCAGAGUACUUUGCUACCCCCACCAUUAUAAAGAUGCCAUUAUUUGAUAAUAACACAACGACCACCUUCGAGAUCAGUGUUCAGGGUAUUAUUGCUGCUGCCAUAUUCGCUACGACAUCUUUGGUCGGAAUCCCUGGCAACUUUCUAGUCAUCAUGGCCGUUUCCCUGUCUCAACAACUCAAGACAUCGACCAACAUAUUUGUCGUCGCCCUCGCCAUCAUUGAUCUCCUCAACUGCCUCCUCUUGCCUGUUCAAGUGAUGUCCCUCCUAGGGGUCGGAAGAUCCGUUGCUUUCGACUUGGUUUGUACCAUCGCUGCGGUUUGUCUUUACGUCUUCUUGGGGAUAAGUGUUUCCACAUUGACCUUGAUCGCUUACAAUCGAUUUUACAUGAUCACGAAAGUAGGAGGAGAGUACACACGACUCUUCACCAAGAAAAAGAUGGUAGCAAUGCUUUUAGUAAUAAGUGGCGCAGUAUCCGUUGUCACCGUUGCCCUUGCGGCAACUGGAACUGCAACCUUCGGAUACUAUGAAGGCAUAUGCGCUCACGCCGAAGGUAAUUCAUAUACCUACAUGUCUGGUGUAUGGUUAAUAACCUCUCUUGUCGUUAUUUUGGUAUGCUACGUCAAAAUUUAUCGACACAUCAAGCGCCAUUUGCGUCAUGUUGCGUCAAUGAAGCAGAAUUCCGAUUCUCCGGCCACCAGUCAGACUGUUGAACCCAAGACGGCUAACGGAGGGUUUGCGCAGCGCCAGAAGGAACUGGAAUCUAAGAUCACCGUCAAUAUGCUCAUCGUCAUCGUGUUCUUCUUUAUGUGUGUGUUCCCGUCCAUUCUGACGUUGGUACUGCCCGGUGAUCAGGACGCGAGCGCCCUCAUCGUCGCCAUCCUUGCCCUCAACAGCUGCCUCAACCCUCUCGUCUACGCCUGGAAGCAUCCCGUGUUCCGACACGUCUUUAAAUGUAUCCUUGGUGGAAAGAUCAACCUUAUCAAAGAACCAACUCAAUGGGCUCGAUCGCUCCGAAGGACUGCACACGUAACCGAACAAUGAUAAUGAAAUCAUAUGCGUCGCCUAGCGUUGAUCGUAUGAAACACAACUCUGUGAUGGGACUGGUAACAUUUGAUCACUUUUUAUCAGACCGUACAACUGAUCCCAGUUGCCAUGAUUGUAUUCCCCUAGCCCAUGCUAA